CUGACAUGAAACUGACAUAAACCGAAAAUAUUUUAACCUUAUCAAAAAUAAUAUUUUUCCUAAGUGAAAAGUGAUUGUUCGAAAAAUUGAAAAAUAUUCUUAAGAAAAGCUUCAAAUUAAUGAAUAAUUAACAAAAGUAUAUAGACAAGUUGUAGGGUCAAACGGGGAGUUUUAAUUUAUAACUGUUUAUCUCGUCAACACCCGUGACAAUCAGCUCUACGUAAUAAAAUGACUUAUUGAAAUUAUCUUGAUUGAAAUUAAACUUUAAAAAUGUUUUUAGUAUGAUAAGUAUUAUAAAACGUAACAAAGUGCUGAUUAAAUGUUCGUUGUGCGUCGAUUUUUUGCGGGUUAUUUGUUAUGUAUCUAGAUAAACAAGUUUAAAACGUCAACAAAGUGAUGUAAGUAUGUUCAAAUUCAGCAUGGAUGUUACUGAAGCAAAAUCGUUGUGGGCCAUCCCUGUGUACAAUUCUUCUUGUGGUUAACUAAGAAAAAAAUAACAUGGUAUUACCAGUGAAACCAAUAGCAGAUAGUAAAGGCUCUCAAGUUACAAGGAACGGAGACAGAAGGCAGUCAUACUUUGGAAUUAUAAGGGCAGACAAUUCUGUUUGUCAAGAGAAAAGAAGGGCUGUAUGUUCUUGGUAUGGGUAUGGUACUAUUAAAGAAAACUCGAUUAAACCACUAAAAAAUACUAUACUAUUAGAAAAUCAGAAUCACCAUUUGAUGACCACUUUAGCCACACCACAUGCUACCACUCAAAAAACCUGUUGGCCCCGUAGCCGUGUAGACUUUUUGGCCAUGCCCGAAUUAAAAUCAUUGGUGAAUAAACGACGCAAUAGCGGUUCAGGUUUAGAAGCCGACUCUACAUCACCUUUAGUUCAAAACAAGCCGAGUUCAAGUUCAGCAAUAAGACCUUCAGCUAGCUUGGCUAGCCUGAAAAAAUGCGAGAUGUUACUCGCAUCUACUGGCUUAUUAAAGCCUGCUGUAUCGACGAAUAGCACCGAAAAAAUACAGCCUAUGAACAGGUUGAGGGUGUCACCUUCAGGAUCCACUUCAAGACUAUGUUCAAGAUGUUCCAGUUUGCUCACAUUGGCUUCCAGUUCCAGAUAUUCCUUGAACGUGUCCACAGGUGGUUUUGAGCCUGUCACCGAAAAAACUUGGCUACUUUGCAAACUAUGUCUCACAGAGGUGCCUUCACAUAACAUUUACCGACUCAAGCAAUGUAACUGUUCGUUUUGCAUGCAAUGCAUGAAAAAUUACGUGGAAUUUGAGAUCGCUGAAGGUGCUUACGAUAUUUCAUGUCCAGAUGCUCAGUGUCCUUCCCAGGGGGUGCUUCAGCUGGAUGAAAUCGAAAAAUUAGUCGGUUCUGAAACGUUAGGAAAGCAUAAAAAAUAUCGUUUGAAUAGGGAAGUAGAGCUGGACAAGAGCAGAACAUGGUGUCCACGGGCUGGUUGUGAAACGGUUUGCGACUUAUGUCCCACGCAUCCCUGCUCUCCUCACAGUGUACAUUGUCCCACCUGUACCACCGAUUUUUGUAGCAGUUGCAAACUGGAAUGGCAUCCGAGUCUUACGUGCGACGAAAAUGCGAAAAAAUUAGCUAAAGAAGGAAAGGUAGAGGAUCAGGGUAUCCCUUUUGAUUCGGAUCUCAUUAAGUGCUGUCCCAUGUGUAACGUCCCCAUUGAAAAGGACGAGGGCUGUGCACAGAUGAUGUGCAAGAGAUGCAAACACGUUUUCUGCUGGUAUUGUCUCGCUAGUUUGGACGACGACUUCCUCUUAAGACAUUACGACAAAGGGCCGUGCAAGAACAAAUUGGGACAUUCUCGGGCUUCCGUCAUCUGGCAUCGAACUCAAGUCAUAGGGAUAUUUGCGGGAUUAGGGAUCUUAUUGCUCGUCGCAUCUCCUCUUUUAUUGCUUGCAGCACCAUGUAUAGUUUGCUGCAAAUGUCGUGUUUGCAAUCCCGGAAAUAGUAACAUCAACAACGAUCCUGAGGUGCCCGACGACCAGACUUAAUUUUGUCACAAUACACUAACUUAAUUAAUAAAUAGGGCGUAAGUUUAUAUAUGCUCACUAAUGAUGAUGAUAUAAUAUUAGACCGGCACAUUUAUUAAAAGAAAAGACAAAAGAGUUAAAAGCUUUAGAAGUCAAAUUUGUCAUCUUCGGUCAGAUUUAAUGUGCUGCUCAGAUUAAAAACUAA